UCGCCAACGAUGGUCAACUACUACUACUACUACUAGUGUAAAAAUAUUGCCUUUCUUUUGGUCUGUCCACUCAUUCACAGCCAAAUGCCACACACACCAGAACACUUUUCCUAUGGUUCAGCCCCUGGGAAAAAAACCACCGACCUACGCGCAUGCUUUAGUGUCUUGUUGUCCCUCCUUUCAACUUUUCCCUUUUUCACACCUACCGAACUAACCUUACCCCUGUUCCCAACACCGGAUCGACUAAGCCGCUUACUCUCUCGACCAUACUUUACUCUGCCCUUCAUCUCCCCUUCUGAUUCCCUUUUCUCUCCUCUUCCUCCCUCUUCGCGACCCUCUCCAAUUUCUUCGCCUUCCCUGAGCGUUUCAGUUUCCUUCCGACCAGAGGGACUAGUUUCUCUCUCGCACGCUCUUUUGGGGAACCUCCUUUUAUUCUCACUUUCCACUCAUUGAACCUCUCUCAUAUCCCUUUGCUACACCUUCAGUUCGUGUACAGAAUUGUUCCUUUCUGGCAAAAGCGCGCGACUGGUUUGCCGUGACGUUGCGUCGCAACGCGGGUCUCUCACGCUCCCUAAUCU